GAUAUUUGAGGGGAUGUAAUAAAAAUACUCCUAAAAAUAGAGUUGCAGAAUAACGAGCGUGAGAUCACCCACACUUGACCAUCUCCCUUUCUUCUUCCAUUAUUUCUCCAUAUUAUGAACACUAGGUAGGACUCUCUCUCUUCUCUCCUCUUUCUUCCCAUACUCUUCGCCGUCGGAAGCCUUCAGAUAACGGACAUAAUAAAUCUCCGUCUACAAUCUUAGGCGAUGGGUUCGGAGGAAGAGAAGGUCGUUGUUCCAAGAAACUUUAGAUUGUUAGAAGAGCUUGAAAGAGGUGAGAAAGGUAUCGGAGACGGUACCGUCAGCUAUGGAAUGGAUGAUGCUGACGAUAUUCUCAUGCAAUCUUGGACUGGCACCAUCAUUGGUCCUCAUAGUACUGCCUAUGAAGGAAAAAUCUUUCAGCUGAAGCUUUGUUGUGGAAAAGACUACCCACAAAGCCCACCUACUGUCAGGUUCCAGACCCGGAUUAACAUGUCUUGCGUUAACCCUGAUAAUGGAGUGGUCGAACCAAGUCACUUCCCUAUGCUUUCCAACUGGAGAAGAGAAUACACAAUAGAAGAUUUGCUUAUGCAGCUUAAAAAAGAGAUGAUGUCACCCCAUAACCGCAAGUUGUCUCAACCCUUGGAAGGUAGUGAGGAAAGGAGAACAGACCCAAAGGGGCUUGUGGUGAAAUGUUGUGUCAUGUGAAGCAAAAAGCAAACAUGAGGAAUUUGUAAGAGAAUUAUAGAGACAAAAACAGUGUAUAUAAAAACAUCAUAUUUUAAUGCUUUGACAUUGUCUGCCUCGGACUCCUUUCUUUUACAGGCCUUAGGGCAUCUAGUUACUCUAUUUUAGAGUGAAAUAUAGAAAAAAAUUAUAGUGUGUCAUUGGAGACGAUCUUAAUCCUACCCAUUUGAUUAUCUAUUAUGUAAUCCUAGUUAUGAUAAUAUAUCAAUUCCUAAUAAACUCUAGGUCUUCUCCUCGCUCACCUUUUCUUUACUUUUGUGUGUGUGUGGCCCAAUCUGAGGGAAAAAAGGGCAUCAAAAUAAGUGACUUUUGCAUAGAUAGCUGAAAAAGUUAAAGUUGGGAGGGUGGGAAAGCAUAUUACUUUUAUACAGUAUUUGGGUAGAAUCAUGGCAGGUGUUUCUAGUCAUGCAAGUGUAGAUGCAUUCUAUCUACUCUUGACUUCUUGCAGUAACCAUACAUUUUACAAGACAACAAAAGUACCAAGUGACUGCAGCUGUCAGUUAAACCGAUAUCUAAUAAAUAGUUCUGAAAUAACUUUUUUACUAAUUUUUUUUGAGUCAAUUUGGUAGAAACCCAAAGAAGAACACGAUAUUAGCAAUAUACCAUAUACAGUAAAACUUAGUGUGUCAGGUAUAUACUGUAUAUAUAUAGUUACGUAAAAGCCCUUCUUUGAUCUGUGAUCGAUAUUCUCUACCCAAGCAAGAUCAAGCACCCAAGCGUCUCGCGAUCGGAGAACGUGCGAAGAAGACGACGAUCGGCUGAUCGGAGGACCGGAACAAGUUGAGGAACAACCACGAGGCGAGGAUGCAUAGGAGGAAGACGAGGGAGAAUGAAUGUGUCAGAGGGAGAACCCGACGAUCGCCGUCGCGACGGCGAAGUAAUUGACCUUGAAGUAGCUUGCGGAUGCGGACGACGCGUCGAAGAUCGACUCCGAUUUGGAUAACGCGGAGCAGUCCGCAAGCUCUGCCCAGUGACGGUGCUGGGAGAAGCCGUUCGUGACGGUUUCAAAGUUCGGGUUGAUGAAUGGGAAAAAAGGCAAGGAUUGCGAUUGGGGUUGGGAUUCAACGGAUGAAUUGGGGUUCGAGAUUGGGAUUCAACGGGGGUUGCGAUUUGGGGUUCGAGAUUGGGAGGGUGAGAGAGAGAAAGGAUAAUGUGGAGAAGGGUAAAAUAGUAUUAUCAAAAUGUUAACAGUUUGGAAUAGUGUAAAAGGUAGAUAGCUAAUUAGUCGUAAGUUUAUGUGUAGAGGAUGCAAAUUCUCAUUUUUUUUUUGUAAAGGCAUCUCUAAAAGCAAUUCCAAAUCUGAAGAUUUUUCAUACUUCAAAAGCGAUUUUAAAUUUUUGAAGUUCAAAUUUUACUGUUCAAAAUUUCAUAUUUGAAAUUUCAAAAAUUUUAAGUCCUUUCCAUUAUUUAUCUUUCAAAUAAUUUUGUUAACUUUAUAAUUAUCAUUUUAGUCUUUUGUAAUUUUUUUUAUCUUAAUGCAAAACUUAAAUAUAUUAAUAACAAUAAAACGAAGUAUUAUACAAAACAAUGUUCCAAUACACAUUUAAUCAAAAUAUAAAAUGAAAAUAAAUUAUAUGAAAACAUACCUAUUACAUCAAUUAACAAAAAAACAAUAUUUCUGUUGUAAAAAGAAUACAAAAAUACAAUAUUUCUACAAUUUUAUCUUGUAAUUUACAAACAAAAAUAAAAAUUCAGUUUUCACCCGGAAGAGGAGGAUGUGCUUCCUGUGUCUUCUUUCCCUCAAAUCUAAUUAUUGAUUUUUAAUUCUUGCUUGUAACCUAGAUCUCACCAUUUCUCCGGUGAUGCCACGGUAGUGUGGUCACUGUUCUGAUGCUCUCCCUCCCUCCAAUUAGAAAAUAAUUAAAUAAUACAUAAAUUUUUUAAAAAAAUUAUAAAAAUCUAAAACUAAAUUUGAAGUUUUUUAUUUUGGAGAGAAACAUCUUCAAAUUUUAAAUUAAAUCUUGCCAACUUAAAAAAUGAAAUUGCUUUUAGACCAUCUCCAACAAGACACCAAAACACCAAAUUUAGUGUAAUUUUAUGAUUUUUUUCUCCAACAAGACACUAAAUUUGAUACCAUCCCACCAAAUUUGGUGUAAUGUGAUUCAUCACACCAAAUCUUGAAAAUACUUACUUUAUUAUGUUAUAUAUAAUAAUAUAGUUCAAUUAUUAUUAAAUUAUAAUUAAACAUAAAUAUAUUGUAUUAUCUGUAUUUUUAAUUUAGUUUCAGAUAUUUAAAAAACUAAAAAUAUUUUUUUUUUUAUUUUUUUUUUCAAAAUAAAUAACUAAAUUACUAUUAUCAUUUAUCACUUACAAAUAAAAUAAAUAAAUAAUCAUCUAAAUGUGAUAAAAUAAUUAUUUAUCAAUUACAAAUAAUAAAGUUGAAAAAGUUAAAAUUGAAAAUAUCCAAUAAUAUAUAGUAUUACUUUUGGUAUAAAAUUUGGUAUUAUUGUUAGAGAUGGCAAAAUAAUUAUGACACUAAAAUAUCAAAUUUAGUGUGAUUUUAAAACUAAAUUUGGUGUUAUUGUUGGAAAUGUCGUAAUAGAAAUAUAUUUUUAAUGGUCCAAAACUGUUUUUUUUUAUCGCAAGACCAAUAAAAAAGAUUUGGUCGAUCUUAGUUCUAUUAUUACCCGUUAGAUUGUUUAUCCUGAUUUGUGUGAUGUGAUUUUUUUUUCUUUUUUGUAGAAUAAUAAUAGUAUAAUAACGAAAAUGGAUUGUAAUAUAAAAAGGGAAUCUUUUUGGUAAUUUGUAGAAGCAACGAUCUAUACCUAAUGUGAAUGUGUGGAAAAAGGCUGUAGCGUUGUCAUCACCAGACACCAGCCUUUGGCUUUGGACAAGACAAUAGAUCGAAGCAUAAAGAAUCCGUUGCACUCGGCUUUACGCAUGACAUUUUGAUUAAUGCACUCAUCCAAUGCGUGUGAACUGUUAACACCGUUUUUAAAGUCUAUUAAAAUAUAUUCUACUAAAAUCAAAUCUCAAAGUGAAGGGGAAGAAGACGAAUAAAGUAUAAUAUUUUUUAAAAAGUCUCAAACUGUAUAUACCCUUACAAACUCUCUUCAUUUUCAUGACAUACUAAUUGUUUCGUAAAUCCAAUCAGUGGAAAAACCAUUCACAACCUAUCCACUUCUAGCAGUUGUUAUUGACAGAAAGUACUUAAAAUUUCUCUAAACUAUAACCACAUUAUAAAAACAAAAUCACUUAUAUAUUAUUUUAGAAUCACUGCAACGGAAGGGAACUCUAUAAAAAAAAAAAAAAAAAAAAACGCUCUCUCUCUAAAAUUGAAAACGCUCUCCCAUCUCUCUACCGCCUAGGGUUUCUCCAGCCGCUCUCUCCCUCUCGGCGGUCGCCGCCGCGUCUUAGGCGACCGUCGUGCCUUGCUUCGUGUUUUUCUCUUUUGUCUGCGUCUCUGUGUCCUCGUCGUCGUCUCCUCCUCUGUUUCUUUCUGCGGCUUCCAAACGCAGCGGUGGUCCGACUUCCGAUUCAGAUCCAGAGAUUCCUUGCGUCGCGGUCAGUCCUUGGAGGUGGCAACACUAGAGGACGGUGUUUUUGCUCCUCCACAGUUCUGUCUCUUCGAGGCUUGGUGAGCUCUGUCCGGAAUGGGUUUUAUUACGCUGUUGCUGUGCGUUUGGCUUGAGUGUUGUAGCGUGGUGUUUGUUGAGAAGCUGGCCGUCGUUGUUCUCCUCCGGCUAGUGGCGUGGUGGUGGGGUUCUUUGGUAUGGUUCAGUUAGGGUUUCAGUCUCCGCGGAUCUGAGAUCUGUUUCUCUGCUUCUUCGGGUGAUCUCCGGGAGGCGCGUGUGGGCUCUCUCCGACUCGGUCUCUCCGUCGUUGGUGUGGUCUGGUGGCGACGUGCGUAGGUCACGGCGGUGCUUUGUAGUGGCAUGGCGCGUGUAUUAGGCGAGUUCCUUGUUCUUCUUGUUCUUCUCCAGAGCAGUUUCCGGUGUAUCCGGUUUGGUCUUUGCUGUGGCCUGAGUGCUCCACGUCUUCAUCACUCUCUCAAUAAGGUAUGCGGCUCUUGGGUCAACCUCGUUCUGUUGGUGUGGAGCUUGUUCUCUAGCCGUGCAGUAGUUGGUCUAGCGAGCGGUUCGUUCUCCUGCGGUUGUGCAUCCGGAGAGGUAACCAUCUUUCGGUCCGCUUCUAUAUAUGAGAUUUUGGUUCAAUGGGUGUAAACGGUCACGGCGGGUGGAACUGGAGGCGGCAAUCUCCGGGUCUCUUCGACGAACGACGGCAUCGUCGCUUGGUGGUUAUCUUUCGUGCCGUCGGAAAUAUAGUUGUCUGGUGUUUCGGGUUUGUUCGUGCUCGGUUUCUUUGUCCGGGUUUGGUUUAGGCACAGUAGUCGGAAGCUGUAGGAACCGUUGUUUCAAGGUUUGAGGGCGCCUUUCUCUCCGGUAGCUCGCGGUGCCCGAUUCCCGUUCUCGACUAACCAUGGUUCUCUGGACCGAGCUUGACUCGUUACUAAUCUGGCUUUUCGGCUUUGCUCUGCUAUUCUGCGGGUUUGAUUCUUUCGGUCUAGAUUUGUUGUUUAGUUUUCUUUUUGCAUUCCGCUACAAGCUUUCUGUGUAAUCUCUGUCACAAAUUUAAAACUUGGUAUAAUAAUUUAACA